GCAAGAUAAAGCAGGGACAAUGGAAGAACAGGAGAAUGAUGUAAAAUCUUUGGAUAAAGCAUGAAACUGCAGUUUUGAGCAUGUCAGUCCAAGAUGGUGGGGGAAGGGGUGGCGGUGGAUGGCCGACCUCGCACCUCACUGUCACCAUCCUCCAGGCCCGCCGGCUGCGGGCCAAGAACCACCAAGGCAACGGGAGCAACCCUUACAUCCAGGUCCGGCUGGGCUGCCAGAGCUUCACCACCCAGCCGGUACCCAACAGCCUCUGCCCCGCCUGGAACAGCACCAUGACCUUCGCCCUGCCCCAGCAGAGGGACAAUGCCCUGGCGGUGACCAUCACGGUCAUGCAUAAGCAGACACGGCCUCUGCUGCCUGACAGGUUCCUAGGUCGAGCCGAGGUUCCUGUGGUUGAUGUGUGUCAGGAUCAUCAGCUUGUCUACAGAAAGUGGCUGACGCUGGAGUCCAAGCCCAAGAAGAAAGCGAAGGACAGGGGGGAGAUGGAAGUGUGUUUGCGCCUGGAAAGCCUCCACUCCCACACCACCACCACCACCACCACAGCCAUCACUACAGCACCCAGCCAGAGCCAGAGCCAGAGCCAGAGCCCCUCCAUCUGUCCCGCCAGAGACGGCGGCUGGGGAGGCGCAGAGCUCACUGCUGUCCAGACGGCGAAGUGUGAGCCAAUCCAGCCAUCUUGCGCUGUAGUUCCAGAACUGGACAGAACUGCCCCACCGUGGCCAUCUGUGUGCGUGGACACCCACGAGCCAGUAGCCAGCAGCUCGCAGUGCGUCAGCAGCAGCGGCAGCAGCAGAGGACAUGGUGAAGCCCCUGAGCUGGAUGAGGCAGCUUUAUCUGACCGCAGCGGUUUCAACGACACACCAGCGGAACCACAGUUUGAGGAGGCCGCAGGCAACAUAAAAAAGGAUGACAAAGCAGGAGACAGUGCCACCCAAAUUAAUGUAAAGGAUGAUGCACCUGUGGCUACAAACGAUGCAAAUGAAGUUGACAGUCCUGUGGGUAAUGAGAGUGUAGAGGAAGACAGCGGGCUUGUGGAUUUAGAGGACAAAACGGAAAAUUGCGAGCUGUUGCUUAUAAAGGAUAUGAAGCAGGAAGGCAGCCUUGCUGCUGAAAACAAUGCAAAACAAGAUGGCAACUCUAUGUCUAAAAAGGACGAAAAAGAAGUCAACAGCGCUGUGAAGACCAUGGAUGGGAAAGAAGCUGACAGUCCCAAGGAUGCAAGUGAGGAUAGCUGGCCCGUCGCUGCUAGCCACUGCUACGCUAGCAUCUCCACUCAGACCUCCACUCCACCACCAUCACCACCAGCCACUAACCCGUUCAGCAAGCUCCUUCCUAGGCUAGGAUACCUCAGGAGGCACCUGGGGUACCGCUGGGGCUCUCAGGGUGAUAGCGCAGAGACUCAGCCCUUACAUCCAGCACCUCAGACCACCUCCACUAUCCCAGAGUCCAGCAGACCAAAUGUGUCAGGACAUGGCUACUUUUUCACAAUAUUUCAGAGGCUUCAUGCGCUUUGUGUGUGGGUGGACGAGUACAUGGGGAACGUUCGAGAGGGUGAAAUUGUGACCUUGUAAAAAGCGAAAUAAAAUAAUAAAUCA